CAGGCCGGCCUGUACUCCUCCUUUGCACCCCUGCUAGUGUACGCGCUCAUGGGCACCAUCCGCCAGGUCCAGCCGGGGCCCACCGCGCUGAUGAGCCUGAUCACAGGGAAGGCGCUGGACAGCAUGGGUCUCUUGGACCCCAACGAGCGGCUGAACGGGGCCUGCCUGAUGUCGGUGCUCGUGGGCAUCAUCUCCGUGAGCCUGGGCGUCCUGCAGUGCGGUUUCAUCGUGGAUUUCAUGUCCCACAGCGUGAUGAGCGCCUUUUGCUCCGCGGCUGGCAUCACCAUCGCAACCUCGCAGUUGAAGUACAUGUUUGGCAUCACGAUGGAAAGGCAUCACUACUGGUGGCAGACCGUGGGCGACCUCCUGCUGCAUCUCCCGGACACGGACGGAGCCACGUUUGUGCUCGCCUGGGCGCUGCUCGGACUGCUGCUCCUCUUAAAGUACUGGAAGUCCGCCGGCAGCCAGCAGGCGAGGCUCGACCACAAGUUCUGGAGGUACAUGCCGACGGACAAGGGCAGCCUGCCCUUCAGGGUUCUCAAGACUGUGGCCGACCUGUCCUCGCUCCUGGCGGUGGUCGUCGGCUGGAUCUGGGGGGCGGCCUACCGGGCAGGAGGCGUGGACUCGGUGAAGAUCGUCGGCCGAGACGCGGUAGAGGACGUGGACGGGUUCAUUUUCGUCCUUCCCGGCUCUGGCGUGGGAAACUUUGAUUUCGGCGUCUACCUUCAAGCGGCGAUUACGGCUGCUAUCGUCGGCUUCCUGGAGACCGUGGCAGUGGGGGGAAAGUUUGCCAUGCAGGCUCGAUACGACUUCGACCCAAACCAGGAGCUCAUCGCCCUCGGCGCCGCGAACGUCGUGGGCGGGCUGAUGAGCGGCUACCCCACGACAGGC